CAAUAUCCUAAUCUUAUCAUUUUGGCUGUUAUAGAUAUAUAAGUAGUUACCAAUGCUUCAUGUUUAGUGUCUAUUAGUAACUUGAUUGUGUGGACGGCCAUCUAGUUUUUGGAAACAUAAAAUUAAAGCAUAUACCAGAAUGAAAACUUUAACCAUCAUCACUGUGCUGUCAGCACUGGUAGCUUGCUACGAGGCUUCUGGAGAGUUGCCCGGAGGUUACAGUUUAGUUUACGAUGACACUGCCGAUGGACUUGAACUGUCCAACACAGAAAUUAAUGCAAGAAACCAAAAUUAUAAAAUAGUAUAUGAGGUGGUAGCGGGUGCACCAACUGCUAUUGGCAGGGUGAAGAACUCUGUUGUGUCGUAUCGAGGCCCAAACAACGUGAAGAUAAACAGAUUGGUCAUCACUAAUCAUAUAACCCCUGCUUCUGUCGUCCACACUGCAUUAGACCAGAGCAACAUGGAAGUCAGAUUCACUUCAAAUCUCAGCCAAGGCAUCUCGUCAACAGUUCAGAUGUACCAGCGCAGCGGAGCAGGAAGAGCGUUCGGAGAACCAGCUUUUCACCUACUGAUAGUAGUCCUAAUGUAUUUUGGCUAUAGUCAAUUGGCGUAAUUAUUUUUAAAACUUAUAUAUACGUAAUAAAUAAAUAUGUAAAACUUACUAUAACUUAAAACUCCUUUAGAAAAGAGCAUACUCCUUUUUAAAAGGCUGGCAACGCACCUGUGACUCCUCUGGUGUUGCGGGUGUACAUGGGCGACGCUUAUCGCUUACCAUCAGGUGACUCGUUUGCUGGUUUGCCACCUAUUCCAUAAAAUAAAUUUAAAUAAAGAAAAAAUAUUAAAAAAUAGUUCACCUUUAGGCGUCACUUUUUAAAUAUGACGUCAGUUGGACAAUAGCCUCCUCUUAAGCCCGUCAAAGGACCUCUCGCCAUCCAUUGGCUCCCUGCGACUCUGAACUCUAUCGUACUUAUUUUAAAAUAGUAAAUCCACUGUACCUGAGAGUUAUUUAUACAUAUAUUGUAAUCCGAAAACUGAAAUGUGGAAAUAAAUGAUAUUAAUUUUGUAA